CUCAUGACGUAAAAUUGGACUCAGGGCAUUUUUUCAAUGGAGAGUUUCAUAUAAUACAGAUAAUACAUACACAUAUAAAUAUAAAAAUAUACACAUACACCAUAUUGGAUAACAUAAUAUAAAUGUCUAUUCACAAUUCGAGCAAUAAUGAAGAGGAAAUUAACAGCGAUGUGUCAGAAGAACAAUUUAGUUCGAGCGAAGAAGACUAUGAUGAAGCAACUGAUACAGAAAUAGAUGACGAUGAUGAAUUAGAUGAGCCUAAACUUAGAUAUCGUAGAGUAAAAGCAAAUGUAAAAGAUAUUUUGGAUAAAGAUACAGCCUCUAUUCUACGUGUAUCAGAUCGUUUUAUGGCAUUAGGUACACAUUGGGGUGCUGUUCAUAUCCUUGACCUUGAGGGUAACGUCAUCAAGAGUUUUAAAAACCAUUCUGCUACAGUUAAUGAUAUUUCUAUUGAUAAAAAUAACGAAUUUAUUGCAAGUGCUUCUGAUGAUGGCAAAGUUUUUAUUUAUGCACUUUACACAUCAGAAAUUCAAUUCUACAAUUUUAAAAGACCUAUAAAAUCAAUUGCUUUAGAUCCUGAAUUUGCACGAAAAUCAACUCGACAGUUUGUAUCAGGAGGCAUGGCUGAACAACUCAUCUUAAGCGAAAAGAGUUGGCUAUUAGGACACAAGGACGUUGUAUUACAUGCGGGUGAGGGUCCUAUUUAUGCUAUCCGUUGGAGAAACAAUUUUAUUGCUUGGGCAAAUGAUACAGGAGUAAAAAUCUAUGAUACCACAACGAAUGCUCGUAUUACUUAUAUUGAUCGACCUGAGGGAAGCCCCCGUGCUGAUCUCUAUAAAUGUCGACUUUGUUGGAAGAAUGACACAACAUUGUUGAUUGGAUGGGCAGAUACAGUUAAAGUAGUUGCUAUAAAGCCACAAUCUAACACUACAGCAGGCCAGCAGCGCUCACAUUAUGCAGAAAUUGUGAAUAUAUUCCAAACAGAUUAUAUGAUUAGUGGUAUUGCACCGUUUAAUGAUACUGUGAUGCUUUUAUCUUAUUUACUAGACGAUGAUAAUGAUAAAGAUACCUGUAGACGGUUAGCAUCAAAACCGGAACUUCAUAUUAUCAAUGCAGAAAAUGAAGAAAUCUCUGCUGAUGUACUUGCACUUCAUGGUUAUGAACAUUAUCAAGCUAAUGACUAUGCACUUGAUUUUUUGAUGGAGGAGGAUAUGUUUUACAUCAUGGGACCUAAAGAUUUAAUUGCUGCUCAUUCACGAGAUCAGGAUGAUCAUAUUGAAUGGCUAUUAGAACAUGAGCGCUUUGGAGAAGCCUUAGAUGCUAUACGUACUAAUCCAAAUAGUAAAAAAUUCAAUGAAGAAGAAGUAGGACAGACCUAUUUAAAUUGGUUGAUGAACGAAAAGAGAUAUGAUGAAGCAGCAAAAGUAUGUAGCAGUAUUCUUAAAAACGAUCAAACACUUUGGGAAGAUUGGGUAUUUAAAUUUACUGAGUUGGGUGAAUUGAAAGCUAUUACCCCAUAUAUACCGAUUAAAGACCCCCAGUUAAGCAGCACUGUCUAUGAAAUCGUUCUUGCCUGGUUUUUGAAGACUGAUUAUGUUGCUUUACGAGAUACGAUUCGAACAUGGCCUAAAACUCUAUAUAGUUUAUCUAAUGUUAUCGUUGCUGUAGAGGAUGUCUUAAAGAAGGAUAAAAAUAAUGAAGUCUUGCUAGAAUGCUUGGCUGAUCUAUAUACUUAUAACAAUCAACCUGAUAAAGCUAUCGAAUAUAAUCUUCGUUUAAGAAGACCGAAUGCAUUUGAACUUAUUCAAGAAUAUAGCAUGUUUGACGCCGUUAAAGAUAAGGCUCUUCUACUUAUGGAAUUUGAUCAAUAUUUAUUAGAAAAAGAAAAGAAAGAGCAAAAUGAACCGAUAACGCAAAAGCCCACAAAAAUGCCUGCUGUACAACUUUUAGUCAAGAAUACAGAUGCAAUUCCCCCGGAGAAAGUGGUGAAGCAACUAAGGCAACACAGGUAUUUUUUACAUAUAUAUUUAGAUGCGUUAUUUGAUCGUGAUCAUCAAUUGGGCUAUGAAUUCCAUGAUCUACAAGUUGAGUUAUAUGCAGAACAUGAUUAUCCAAAACUAUUAGAAUUCUUACGUGCAAGCCAUUCUAUUUCGCUUGAAAAAGCAUUUAAAGUAUGCGAGCAAAAGGAUUUGGUCCCUGAAAUGGUUUUCAUUCUUGGUCGUAUGGGUGAUAAUAAAAGAGCAUUAAUGUUAAUAAUCGAAAGACUUGGAGAUGUUCAAAGAGCUAUUGACUUUGCAAAAGAACAAAAGGAUGACGACCUUUGGGAAGACUUGCUUACAUAUUCUAUGGAUAAACCUAAUUUUAUUCGUGGAUUAUUAGAAAAUGUUGGUACAGAUAUUGAACCUUUAAGACUUAUCAAGCGUAUUCCUGAUAAUUUAGAGAUUACUGGCUUAAAGGAUGCCCUAUUAAAAAUUUUACAUGAUUAUAACCUUCAAAUGUCUCUACAUGAAGGCUGCGAAAAGAUUUUAGUAACUGAUAGUGUCUUUUUAGCUGAUAAAAUGUAUAAAGCACAUAAGAGAGGUGUAAACUGUAAUCCCGAGAAAAUGGUUUGCAAUAUUUGUGAAGAGCCUGUUUUUGAUGAAUUUGAGAUUGAAGAUAUACCCAAUUCAAUUAUUUUCUUUUGUCGACAUGCCUAUCAUCAAAGCUGUCUACUUGAUGAAAACACUUCAAAUAUAAACAUGGAUAAUCCUGGAAGCUUAACAAGUAAAGUGAACCAAUCUGCUUUAUUAAAAUCAAUACAUAACAUGUCUUGUCCACUCUGUAAAGAACAAGCUGCAGGCGGAAAUGCAUUUGUAAAUCGAAUGAAGACACAAAGAAAAGAAAUCAACACUAAUAUGAAACCUUCUAGAGCAGAUAGUAUUCGUAGUCUUGGUUCAAAUACGACUACGACUACGGUUCGAUAAAUGUUUGUGGCAUUAUUAAAGAAAAA